CCCGCCGCGGGCACCAUGGGCGCUGCCCACUCCGCGUCCGAGGAGGUGCGGGAGCUCGUGGGCAAGACCGGCUUCUCAUCAGACCAGAUCGAGCAGCUCCACCGGAGGUUUAAGCAGCUGAGCGGAGACCAGCCCACCAUUCGCAAGGAGAACUUCAACAACGUCCCUGACCUGGAGCUCAACCCCAUCCGGUCCAAAAUCGUCCGUGCCUUCUUCGACAAGAGAAACCUGCGCAAGGGGCCCAGCGGCCUGGCCGACGAGAUCAGCUUCGAGGACUUCCUGACCAUCAUGGCCUAUUUCCAGCCCAUCGACACGGCCAUGGACGAGGAGCAGGUGCAGCUGUGCCGGAGAGAGAAGCUGAGAUUUCUGUUCCACAUGUAUGACUCGGACAGUGACGGCCGCAUCACCCUGGACGAAUAUCGAAAUGUGGUGGAGGAGCUGCUCUCUGGAAACCCGCACAUCGAGAAGGACUCGGCCCGCUCCAUCGCCGACGGGGCCAUGAUGGAGGCGGCCAGCAUAUGCGUGGGGCAGAUGGAGCCUGACCAGGUGUACGAAGGCAUCACCUUCGAUGACUUCCUGAAGGAAUCAGGUCGGAAGCAGGAUCUCGUCCUGCACUGCCCGCUGCCAAGGGGCAGUUCCAGGACUCGGCUUUUGGACGAACACAGCAGUGGGACACAAACACGGCGAUUCGUUUUCCCUCCCUUCCCAGGGAACGAGGUCCCCGGUGCCGAGCCAUCGAUAAGCCUGCUGCUGGAAGCCCCCAGUCAGCAUCAGAGGCUGAAAGCGCCGGCGCCCGCGUGGCCCCCCGGAGCCCAGCGAGAGGGAGUCUGCCAUCGCACAUCAGAGGGAGCCCCGGUCCAAAUCGCCGCAGGCCCUGCAGCCUCGCCAGGGAGGCGGCGGGGGACGUCUGAGAAGCAGAACAAAUCCACCGCCGACUCCAAGCGGAAGCAGCUCCUGAGAACGGCCGGCGGAGAAAGCUCCUUGUCAACAGGCCCCCAAUUUCACUGUGGUAGGAUUUCGGGUCACUGGACGUGGCCUCCAUCUCUGCGAUCUGACUUUCUCAGUGGUCGUGUACACAGUCUACGGGUAUUUGAAAGGUACAAAAUUCCAUAUAUAUCUAUUGGAUCAACUUGUAUAUUAAGUAGAUCUAAUGCUUAAUGUUUCCUGCUCUGA